AUGGUUCGAAAAGAGAAUCGUCUUCAUUCGCCUAUGUAUUUCUUUCUUGCAAAUAUUUCUGUGAUUGAUAUUUUCUACACAACUAAUAUUGUCCCUCAGAUGCUUGCUACAUUUCUCAUUAAAAUUUAUGUUAUCUCCUACACUGGAUGCAUUUCUCAGUUUUUUAUUCAUAUCUGCCUUGGAUCAGCAGAAUGUCUCAUCUUGGCCAUCAUGGCAUUCGACCGCUAUGUUGCAGUAUGCAAUCCAUUGCAUUACCUUUCCAUCAUGAAUUAUACCGUAUGUAUAUAUUUAAUUGCUGGAAUGUGGGCCAUAGCAAUAACAGCUAACCUGCCUCCACUGUUUUCAGUUUGUCAGUUACAUUUCUGUGGUCGCAACACAAUCAAUCACUUUUUUUGCGAUGCCCCACCAUUACUGGAAGUUUCCUGUGAAGGGUCCGAAACAGUAGAAUUUGUUAACUUUGUUGUUGCUGCCAGUAUGAUCAUGAGCUCUUUUUCUAUAAUCAUGUUGUCCUAUGGAUUAAUUAUUAGAGCCAUUAUUUUCAUUUCCAAAACAGGGAGAAAGAAGAAAACAUUUUCAACUUGUGUUUCACAUCUGAUAGUUGUGGCUAUUUUCUUUGGAAGUUUAAUUAUUAUGUAUGUAAGACCAAAUUAUGCAAACACAGCAGAAUAUAACAAAAUUGUGUCUGUUUGCUACACUAUGGUGACGCCGAUGAUGAACCCAGUCAUAUACACAUUUAGAAACAAAGAUAUUAAACACUCACUUAGGAGCCAUUUCAUUUGUCAUGAUGUCUAG